UCACCAACCCCCGCAGCCGGAAGUGACGUUGAAUUGCGUCUUUCGUUUGACUUCCCGCCGACUUGGAGGAUAUUAGUGAAGACGUCUCGGGGGCGGGAUUGGAUUGUAAUGUGAAGAAAUACAGUGGAAGAUGUUGUCUAAUGGGAUUAAUGAGGACUGAGCUGCUGUCAUGUGUGCUGCCUGUCCCCCCCAAUCUCCAGCAGUGGCUAAGACAGAAAUCACGUUGGAUGGAGACUCACCAUUGCUGGCUGCUACUUUUGCUUACUGGGAUAAUAUUCUUGGUCCGAGAGUCAGACACAUUUGGGCCCCAAAAUGCGAGCAGCUACUACUGAGUGAUGGGGAAAUAACUUUUCUAGCCAACCACACAUUAAAUGGAGAGAUCCUGAGGAGUGCCAAAAGUGGUGCUAUCGAUGUGAAGUUUUUUGUACUCUCGGAGAAAGGAGUAAUCAUAAUCUCAUUGAUAUUUGAUGGCAAUAUGAAUGGGGACCGCAGCACUUAUGCUCUGUCAGUGAUACUGCCUCAAACUGAACUGGGUUUCUACCUACCUCUGCACAGGUUAUGUGUAGACCGACUAACACACAUCAUUAGAAAAGGAAGGAUAUGGAUGUACAAGGGUCAGAGCAUUAUUUCCUUUUUAACUACAGAAAUCACACCCAUCAUGGAAUUAUUUUCAUCUAUGAAAACGCAUGGAGUUCUAGAAGAAGUUCAAAUUAAGGAUACUGUUUUGAAUGACGAUGACAUUGGUGACAGUUGCCAUGAAGAUUUUCUGCAUAAAGCGAUUAGUUCCCAUCUGCAGACAUGUGGAUGUUCUGUGGUUGUCGGAAGCAAUCCAGAAAAAGUAAACAAGAUGGUUCGCACGCUGUGCCUUUUCUUGACUCCAACUGAACGAAAGUGCGCACGACUUGCUAAUGCCAGUGGUUCUUUCAAAUAUAAUUCGGGACUCUUUGUUCAGGGCCUUUUGAAGGAUGCUACUGGUAGCUUUGUGCUGCCUUAUCGUCAGAUUAUGUAUGCUCCAUACCCAACCACACAUAUUGAUGUUGAUGUUAACACAGUGAAGCAGAUGGCCCCAUGCCAUGAACAUAUCUAUAACCAGCAGAAUUAUAUGAGCAUGGAACUUGUCAUACUUCAGAAGACUGCAUCAGAAGAAGUAGUAAUUCCUGACACCAUAAUUCAUAUGGAUGAAAGUUUUACCCCUAACCUGAAUAUUUUCCAGGAUGUGAUGAAUCGAGACACAUUAGUGAAGUCAUUUUUAGAUCAGAUUUUUCAGCUCAAGUCUGGUUUGUCCCUCAGAAGCAUUUUUCUGGCACAGUUUCUUCUUGUCCUUCACAGAAAAGCCCUGACAGUGAUAAAAUACAUAGAAGAUGAAACCCAGAGGGGUAAGAAGCCUUUCAAAUCCUUGCGCAACCUGAAAAUUGACCUUGAUCUCACAGUGGAGGGUGACUUAAGUAUUAUAAUGGCCAUGGCUGAGAAAUUAAAACCAGGCCUUCACUCAUUUAUCUUCGGGAGAUCUUUCCAAACAAGCAUACAAGAACGCGAUGUACUAAUGUCACUUUAGAGAGAAAUUAUGUAAAUUGUAUUUUACAUUAAUGUGAAUAAUUUGCUUGUUUCUUGAAAAUGUCUAAUUAUGGGCUCUAAAUAUUAAUUUUAAAAUCGGUGUCCGACAAGUAUAAAGGAUAUAGAACUUCUAUUUCACACAAUGACGUUGAAACAAGUCAGGAAAUAAAUUUGAUUGUUUGCAGUGUAACUAAAGUUCUCAGCACUUACCUUUUUGGUGAUAUAUUUGUGCACACGUUACUUUCAUUCAAAACAUUAGGAUUUGCUCAGCAUUUUUAAAUUAAUCUAAUGUCAAAAUGCAUACUUUUUUUAUUGCAAAUUAAAUAUUUAAUCACAAGAAUUCUAUCAUAACUAAAUGAUGAUUUUUGCUUCAGUCAUAACAUAGUGUCUCAUCCAUAUCCAUGUAGCUUACUGUUUUCUUUGCCAUGUAAUGAGUCUCAAUCUUUUUAGCCUGUUUUGCUAUUAUAUUGGAUCAUGCCUGAUCUAAAUCUCAUCUCCUUUUACUCAGGUUAAGGGAUUGCAACCAAGGCAAGUUUGUUCUCCUUCCCUCCGCCAUCCUUAACAAGGAGGCUUGCAAACGUAUUUAAGCAUUCCCCUUUAAAUUGGACCUGCAAGCUACUGCCCUUAUUCACCCUCACAAUAACUCUGCAACCCUGUUAUUAGUUUUGAAGAUGCUCCAGGGAAGCCAAAAUGUGACACAGUAUUUCAGCCUCUUAGCAAUUUAUGAUUAUUCAGCCAAUAGUAUGCCUGCCAUGGGCAUACUAUUUUACUAAACCAAAUCGUUAUCUUAAUUAGGUUUUAUGGCUUUUGACAUUCAUUGCUUGCAUGGAAGAAAGCUGCCACAAAGGUCUGGAAAUCUCUGGCAUGAACAAACUUUUUUUCAACAUAGUUUGCUGUUAGAAGCCAGUUGAAAGGGAUGCCUGGUGACAGCAGCUUAUGAUGUCUGCAAGCUGGCUGAAUUGCAAAUCACUGAGGAAGCACAAUAUUUAGCUAAUGUUCAAAACAUUUUAUUGGGCACUUGAGGGCGUGUAAGAUUAAAGUAAAUGCUGAAGUAUAAAGUUCUUGAAACAAUUUUCACUGUUCAAGAUUAUUUGUGAAAAAGGUACAGUCCAGUUUUUUUUAGGGUAUGGGGUGAUCUAAGCAAUUACAUCUUGACAUGUCAAUAAAAACUCGCUUAGACCCCACACAAUAAAUGGAGAUAUUUACAUAUUCAUGAAAUAGUCCUGUCAUAAAAUAUCUGAUUUUUUUUUUACAUUUCAACUAUUUUCCCUUGGUUUCAAUGAAGAAGGCUACAUAUCAAAGCAACUUGUGCAGGUGGAUUUGAUCACUGAGGCAAAGGAGUCCCAGAGUUGCAGGUCAAUUUCACAGACUAAUGAUCACAAACAAUGAUAGUUUCAUUAUACAACUGUAAAAUCCAAUCUGGGAACAUUGUUGAGAAAUAAAAUGUAUUUAAAA